GUCUGUCUGAUCGGCGGGUGUGACGUCAGUGUGUGAAUGAAUGUGUGUUGAGGUGAAAAACACUGAGCAAUGAAAUAAAAACCCGAGCAGCGUGUCAGAGAGAAGAGUGUGACAUUAACCCUGCUGUGCGUCAUUAUGUCUGACUGACAUGUUGAACUGUGUGAGGACCUUAUACAGUCUAUGGUGAGGACACGCUGAGGAGGUGAGUGUUCAUAGUUGUAGAAAGUCUGACGGAACUUGAAUGCAGCUUCGUAGUCACGUGACACGAAGGCUGUUCCAGCAACAACAACACCAGCAGCGGAGAGAAGCUGUACUUUGUUUUCAUGGUUUUACGAUCUGCAGACAUGUUGUCCUCUACUGUCCUCUGUGUCCUCGUUGUCUCUCUGCUCUCUGCAUCUGAAGACUCACAAGAGAUGAAGGUGAAGGCUGAGCAGAACGUCACCCUCCAGUGUCACGCUCGCACUGAUGCCCCCAUCACUCUGUUGGAGUGGAUCAGACCUGACCUGGACACAGGUGAUUACGUCUUCCUCUACAGGAACGAGCGCUCGUAUGAAAGGUAUCAGCAUCCGUCUUAUCGUGGUCGAGUGGUGCUGAGAGAUCCAGACAUGAAGAACGGAGACGCUUCUGUGAUUCUGAGGAACGUCAACAUCAACGACACCGGAACAUACAAGUGUGAAAUUACAGUCAGCAACACGGGACACAGUCAGACACCAGACUCUGAGAUCCACCUCCUCAAACUGAACGUUACAGUUGACCCAGGCGAGUUUGUAGAGCUCCGACUCAGGCGAGUUUGUAGAGCUCAGACUCAGGCGAGGUUGUAGAGCUCAGACUCAGGCGAGUUUGUAGAGCUCAGACUCGGGUGAGUUUGUAGAGCUCAGACUCAGGCGAGUUUGUAGAGCUCAGACUCAGGCGAGUUUGUAGAGCUCAGACUCGGGCGAGUUUGUAGAGCUCAGAGUCAGGUGAGUUUGUAGAACUCGGAGUCAGGUGAGUUUGUAGAGCUCAGAGUCAGGCGAGUUUGUAGAGCUCAGAGUCAGGUGAGUUUGUAGAACUCGGAGUCAGGCGAGUUUGUAGAGCUCAGAGUCAGGCGAGUUUGUAGAGCUCAGAGUCAGGUGAGUUUGUAGAACUCAGAGUCAGGUGAGUUUGUAGAGCUCAGAGUCAGGUGAGUUUGUAGAGUUCAGAGUCCUGUAUCCCUCACACCUGUUUUCUGCUCUGCAGGUCACAUUGAUGGAAACAAGGAUGGAAAUCUUGGACUCUUGGUUGGUGUGCCAGUUUCUGUUGGUCUUGUUCUCAUUCUCGUUCUUGGUAUUGUUGGUUCUUUCAUUUUUAUUCAACGGCAACGCAAAAAGAAUCAUUCAUACACAUCUGCUGAAAAAGCAGGUGAAACGGGUACUUGAAGCGUCUCAGAUCUCUUUACUCCUGACGAUGUUUGUGUUCUGCUGCUGCUACAGAAAGAUAAAAAAAAAAAAAUUCUUAAAGGAUCAGUGCGCUCAAAUUAACAGUUACAAUAGAAUAACAAACAGCUGCAGAAAGUCGACAGAGAGCAUGCUCAGAUAAAAGAGUUACAGCCAGGUCGAGGACAGGUGUUGAGACAUAAUGAAUAUAGAGGAGCAUUCAGCAGCUCAAGAGACAGACACUUUCCUCAGGAGUUGGUGGAUGGAGACCAAAACCAGAGCUAAAAGAGAGAUAGCGAUAUCCAUCAGGUGACACAGACACAAAGACUCGUAAUCAUCCAAUCAUGAUGUUGCUCUGCAACUGCUUGGUGCGGAAUUAAGCAGCUGUUUGCUAAGACGUAUGAACAUACAUAUCAACUUAAAAGAUGACGACAGGUUGAUGUUGUGUUCACUGCUUGUUUUUUUUUUUUUUUUUUUUUUUUGCUGAAAGCAAAUGGACCAAAAGCGACAGGUUGUGCAGGUUUAAUAUUAUUAACUGCAUCUUGCUUUAAAUCAGAGUGACAGCUUAUCAAUAGCCAAACAGACAGAGUCAGCCACACAGGAUAAAACUGCAUCAUCUGCAUAAAGACGCACUUUAAUUCACGCACUAGCACUUUUAUCUUAAGGUAGGUGGGACAGGAAUUUUCCAUUUUUAUUGUAUUAGCAUUUCACACGUUGUAAACUGCACAACUUAUUAAGCACUUCAUUCUGUAAAAUUUAGAGCUGUAACUUUACGAAACAGUUUAGCAUACGUCUUGCAAAAUAUAUUUUAUAAAGUAUGGACGACCAAAUGACCAGAUUAUAUUAAUCAAUUUCUCAAUAAAUAAUAGUAUUAAACAAAGGUAAUACUUCCUGUAAUAUAUAAGUAUAUAAUUAUUUAUCAUCAUUAUUAUUAUUGUUAUAUAAUUGUUACAGAAUAAAAAAAAUUAAAUGACCAAAAUAGGAGGAAUACAUUAUAUUUACAUACAGUAUAGAUACAUAUAUAGAUAUAUAUGAUUAAAAAAAACUCUUAUGUUCUUCUUAUGAUCUUUUCAAAGUAUUCCAACUUGUUAUUACAGUGUUAGUGAACAUGGUCACCAUUUCAUACUGUGUCAUUGAUUUUUUUUACAUUUAUUUUCUACAUUUUUAGUGAUUACCUUUUGAUUUGACCCUUUUACUUUUCCAGCCGUCUGACAUCAUUCCAUCACUUAGUUUGUCGUCAGUCAGAAAAAGAACGUAGAGAAUGUCAGAGCGGAGCGGGGAGCAGAGAUGAAAAGAUUUCUGCCUGAGUGAAAUAAAGAAAACAGCUGUUUGGCAAAUUGUAUUUUUGAAAUGUAAAAGCUGUAAAAUAUAACGAAGAAAAGUCUGAUAUAUUUAAUACGACAUAAACGUAAAUAAGCAGGACAUGAGAUCUUGUGAGGAGUGAAGACAAUGGCCACAUUGAGACAAUAUUCUGCAUUUGCUAGACAGCAUGUAAACAGCUUUUUCUGUUUGGAUAUUCUGAAUUAGGCUUCAAUCUGAAUGUAGCACUCCACGAUUAACACGUGGGAUUUUCAGAUUUAAUUCAGGUUUUAAUAGCAUUCUUUGGACAUUUGAAUGUGCAAACAUGACAACAACAACGUUUUCAAGAAGGUGGUCAAAGGAAUGAAAGAGAGAGGUUUUGUUUUCGUGGUCCAACAAGUUCAUUAUCUGGAGGACACUUUGACACAAGCAGCUCAUUCAGCUUUUCCAUAUUGUGACGUGAUAAACGCCUGCAUGUGACCUGGAGUAGAAGUGGAAGUCAUCAGCUGUGUUUAACAGCUGAGUCGGAAAAUUUUCUUUUUUGGAAUGACAGCGAGAAGCCACAUUAUUUACAUGUAAACUGUAAUAUCCGUUCUUUCAUAUCAUAAGCUGUUACUUUAUGUGCUUCAGCAUCUGAAAACUUCAGUGUGUUACAAUCAGUUAUGGAAGUUCAUUAAGGAUGAUCGACGAAUGAAACGAGCAUCAGAGCUUCUCAGUCUCACUGCGGAGCUGAAGCUAUUUUUUCAGUGCCUGUUUUUAUGUUGCACUUUACAAGCACCUGUAUAAGCUUUCUUUUUUAUGAAUAAAUAUAUUUAUCAGUGUU